GACACACACAAGAUGGCGGCGGCGGCAUCGAACGGCGGCGGGACCCCCUGACAACCUUCGGCCUGUCCGCCGCCAUGUUGGGGCUGCUCACUAACGACGUGACGCGACUGGCAGCGGGCAGCGCCCCCCCCGCCGCGGCGCUCUAUGCGCAUGCGCUGAACGUCCAGGGCCGCUGCCUCUAUGACGUCAUUCUCUACAGGCUUCAUAAGAGUCCAGAAGAAGAGCCGCACAUCCUGCUGGAGUGUGACAGCAGCGUGCUGGAUGCCAUACAAAAACAUCUGAAACUGUACAAGAUCCGGAGGAAAGUAAACAUUACCCCCUGCCUUGACCUCUCUUUGUGGGCCGUCAUCCCCGGGGAGUGGACUGGAGACAUUGCCAGUUCCCUCGCUAAAUGUGCAGACCAGGCUCUGAUUUUAACUCCUGACCCCAGAACAGAAGUCAUGGGCUGGAGACUGAUCACAAAGAAAGGAGCAAAUCUAUCGGAGAUUAUCCCCGGGAGUCAUAUUGGAAACAUUCAGGAUUACCACAGGCACAGGUAUAAACAAGGAAUUCCUGAAGGUGUGAAAGAUCUUCCUCCUGGCAUAGCCCUCCCGCUGGAAUCAAACCUGGCCUACAUGAAUGGCAUCAGCUUUACUAAAGGCUGUUACAUUGGACAGGAGUUGACAGCCAGGACCCACCACAUGGGCGUCAUUCGCAAACGUCUGCUGCCAGUCUGCUUUUCAGCUCCGCUUCCCAAGGAUGGCAUUCCUGAGGGCGCUGAGAUCUUAACUGAAUCGGGAAAGUCGGCUGGCAAGCUGCGGGUUGGAGGAGGUGAACUUGGUAUAGCUUUGCUGAGGUUAGCUAAUAUAAAUGAACCACUCUACCUAAAUAUAGGAGGUGAUAAAGUGAAGCUCACUGCAGGUAUACCCGAGUGGUGGCCAAAACCGGCUAGUAAAUAAAUGAUGAAUCACUGUUUGCCUUAUUGAGAAUAUAUUUGGUGUGUUAAGUUUGGGAAGGUGCCUCUGCCUUCAGCUGUUGUUUGUGGUGUUUGAUGGGUGUGGGUAUUACGCAUUGUUCAAAUUGGGACUAAACAGCAGGAACCCAACCCAGCAGUGGGUCGCUGGGACAGGAGGAUAAUCUGUUAAGCGCUAUGGGAAGACCUGUAGAGCAUAUGCAGGGCAGCGCAGCUCCUCCUGAGAUUAUCCCACAUUUAUUUUGGGGGUGCCAUGUGUGGUUGGGUUGGAUUCCUGCUAAAUUUUCAGUUCAGUGCUUGCUCAGACUGUGCUCCACAUAGGACGCAGUGUGCAUUCAGGCUGAAGCGAGCAGGAGUUUUCUCGUUGUUUGCACUGAAUGUUUCUGUUUGGAAUAACCAUUCUGUGGUAUUAUAAUCUUACUUUUAAUGGAGACCAUGCUGCUCUUGUGUAAGAGAUACUCAGGCUAAAGUGUUCACUGCAAAUUAGUCCUUGCAUUGAGCUUCGUCUUAAACUUGCUGAUUGGGUGGGUGUUUUUUCCCACCACUCUAACUGCUAAUUAUGUUCAGGAAGAGGAAUACCUUGUACUUGAUAUUUCAGACCUUGAUUUUUAAGGCAUCCCUGGUGGGAAAGCUCUCCAACAUCCUGGUCCCAUCCCCUGCCUCGGUGCCGACAGAGGGAGCACAGCCAGCAGCAGCCAGCUCCUCUGCCACUCCUGACCUCAGUCAUGCAUGCUUCCUUGACUGAAAACAACUGUUUUGAAGAGGAAAGUGGUAUUCUACAGAAAUGACGUGCAUAGUGCAUGCCCUGGAGUGGCUAUUGUGUUGGUGUACUGGUGCUUGGCAGAAUAAUCCCUUACUAGAAGCACGUGCCCUCCAGUUGCCAGCAACAGUUGAGGGGUGGAUUUUUUUUUUUGCAUGUGUCUUUUUGCUGUCAUCUUGUAGAAAAACUCUCCAAACUUUCCUGCAGCCUUUGGCAGGGUUUUCCUCACUCCCUCCAUAAAGUUGGUGAAGGGACAGUGUGUCCCAGUCUCUGACCUUUGCUCCUUCCCUCAGCAUUAAGCUGCAGUCCCUGGAGAAAGAGUUAAUGCCACAUGUUCUCUUGGCUUAGCCUGAUGUACCCCAGUGAGGAUUUUCACCAUAUCCUCUUCUCUGACUGCUUCACCACCACGCUUGUUCUGAGACCUCUCUGUAACCCCCAUACAAAACCCCAUUCCUGCUGCUGUCUCUAGCUGAGUUUUUUUCCACCUACCAUCCAUCCCCUCUGGGUUUUCAGAGCAGCCCAGUACUUCAGCAUUUCUUUGCUGUGUUUUUCUGUCUCCUGUUGCUCUUCUGCCUUCACACUUUUUCUUGCUUCUGCAGUCAAUGUAUUCCUCUUUGCUUCCCCAAAGCCAACCAGCUCUGUGCCUCCUAACCCCAUCAACCUGCAGUAAUUUAUAGGAGCCCUAUGUAUUUUUGUAUUACAAUAAAUCCAUUACGUGCGCGCUCUUGGAAUGACGUGUGUGUGGAAGGGCGUGAUGAAAGAGAUGAACAGGUGACAUCCCAUUCUGACCAAAAACCUCCUCUUGCAUGCACGUUUGUAACAAAAACCGUCCAAAGCAUGUUCUGCCACUGUUGCAGUGUCACUGUUACUGUGAAGGAAAUUUGCCUGUGAAAAAUGCUCAUAUUGGUUAAAAUUCUUUAUGCUUGCUGUAAAAUGAAUCUGUAGAAUAUCUCAUUAAAAUUUUACUGUGGCAGUAAUUUA